AUGCUUAGUAAACCAAAAGAAAAUAGCGAGAACGAUGAACAACGAUCAUUCAAUAUUCUUGGCAAACCAUUUCACAUUCGUAUCCAUGAUCUCGUUCGCUAUCCAAAUACACUUUUAGCAGAUCAUAUUCGUCUCCAAACAUAUUGGCGUUCAAGUCUAAAUGCUUAUUUUUUCUCACGUGAUGUACAUGUAUUUGAACGUAUUAUUUUACCUUUCUACACAUCAUCUGAGUCAUCCAAUAAAAUAAUACGUCCAUUGAUGAUUUCGUUGUCUGAGAAACUUUUUCAAGAAGAAUUGGCUUUUUAUAAUCUUUUAGAAUAUUAUCAGGAAGAGAGAACUCAAAUAAGAGAAAAAUCAUCAUCAAGUGAAUUAUUAGUCAUAAUUGCUUCGUUUCAAAGUCCUGUUUUUGUUAUGCAAGUUAUUUUUGCUUCAUUACCUUUUAUUGUUACUUUACUAUCUUAUAAACAUACAGGCACAUGGUAUUUCAUUAUGGGACUUGCUUUUCGUCAUUUACUUCUUAUACGUUUAUGUUUAAGAGACAUGUGUCACUUGAUUGAUCUUCUUUAUUAUAAUGGUCGUUCGUCAUUUCGUGUUAUUUCUCAUCUUCUUCUGUUUCUAGCUACUGUGAUAUUCAUGUGUAUAUGGAUAGGUAUUAUACUCUAUGUAACAGAUUCAAGUUCAAUGACAAUUCAUUCAAUAGAUCAUCGUACAAUUCUAGCUCCAUCACGCUAUAUUUAUUUCGUUUAUCAAAUUCUAUUGAAUGUUGGCUAUGGAGAUACAACAGAACAAUCAAUUUUGUCUUUUAUUACUAUCAUUAUAAUGACACUUAUUGCAUGUCCACUUUUAAUUAUUAUCUAUCAAAAGUUAAUACAAGAAUUAGAUAUAAUAACAAUAAAGAUGAGCCAUGUUGAAACAUUACAUCGUAUAUCUUUUAUCAAUUAUUUAAUAACAUACAUUAAUAGAUAUCAUUCAUCAAUAGUAAAUUAG